UACUGGACUGAACAUGUUAUCAGUCUGCGAAUUUUCUUCGGUGGUUGCUUGAUUAGGUUCCGAUCGGUUCUUAUACCUAGAAGCUAUUGCAAUUUCGGGCACUAAUUCCAGUGUUUCUAGUUGUUCGUUUGAUUAACGAAAUCGAAGUUUCAAGAUGUUCAAACUUUUCGCGGUUCUAGCAAUAUUUGCUGUCUCCGUUAACGGCAGCCCCAUUCUAGAACCUUAUGCAGUCGCUCAUGCUCCUGCUGUUGCUGUAAAAGCUGAACCAUACAACCCUCACCCACAAUAUAAAUUCGAAUAUGCUAUAAGUGACCCUCAUACUGGAGACCAGAAAACUCAAGAGGAAACGCGGGAUGGCGAUGUCGUCAAAGGUUCCUACUCUCUAGUCGAACCAGAUGGUUCGCGUAGACGAGUAGACUACACUGCUGACUCCAUCAAUGGCUUUAAUGCUAUCGUAAAGAAGGAACCUUUACAUCACAUCACUCCCGUAGUGAGUCAUGCACCAGCAGUAGCUGUAGCACACGCUCCUUUAGCUAUCGCUCAUGCUCCAGCUCCAUUGACUAUUGCUCACGCUCCCACUCAGUUCACUAUCGCUCACGCUCCAGCUCAAUUGACUUAUGCUCAUGCACCAUUAACGGUUGCCCAUGGACCAACACUCUCAAUUAACCAUGGCCCCUACCUAGCAGCUCCCGUUCCAUUACAUGCACCAAUCACUUACGCUCAUGCCCCUCUUGCUUACGCUCAGGCUCCAAUCACCUACGCCCAUGCCCCACUAGCUGUGAAGACUGGAGGCAUCAGUCAUCACAGUCAAACCGUCUUGCACUGAAGAUGAACGCAAUGGCCGAAACGUUACCACCAUUAACCGAAGGAAUUUCUAUAUGAUCGCUUGUUGCCCCCAUAUCAGUAGUUCAUCGUUGUAAAUACACCAUAAUGUAGAAGUAAGUGAAUAUAUUUUAUUGUUUUUAAUUAUAAA